AUGCCCAAGGCCACACAGCAAACAAGUGGUGCAACUCAGCUACAAACCCGGGUUGUUCAGAUAGAAAAGCCUGUGCUCUUAACAACCCCUGUUCUGGCCUGUCCCCCAGGGUUUUACAAGGUGUCCCCACGGCGGCCCCUCUGCUCGCCGUGCCCAGAGCACAGCCGGGCCCUGGAAAACGCCUCCACGUUCUGCGUGUGCCAGGACAGCUACGCGCGCUCGCCCACCGACCCGCCCUCGGCUUCCUGCACCCCCCUGCCCAGGUGGAGAAUCGCACGUUACCUAAUUUCAGGGCCCUGGGAAGAGGAUGAGAUCCGCAGGGACCGGGUGGAGCCCCAGAGCGUGUCCCUGUCGUGGCGGGAGCCCAUCCCCGCUGGAGCCCCUGGGGCGAACGGCACGGAGUACGAGAUCCGAUACUACGAGAAGGGUCAGAGUGAGCAGACAUACUCCACAGUGAAGACAGGGGCGCCUGCAGUCACCGUCACCAACCUGAAGCCAGCUACCCGCUACGUCUUUCAGAUCCGGGCGGCUUCCCCGGGGCCCUCCUGGGAGGCCCAGAGCUUCAACCCCAGCAUCGAAGUGCAGACCCCCGGAGAAGCUACCUCAGAGUCCAGGGACCAGAGCCCUGCAGUUGUCAUCACUGUGGUGACCAUCUCAGCCCUCCUUGUCCUGGGCUCCGUGAUGAGCGUGCUGGCUGUUUGGAGGAGGCCCUGCAGCUAUGGCAAAGGAGGUGGGGGCACCCACGAUGAAGAGGAGCUGUAUUUCCACUUCAAAGUUCCAACACGUCGCACGUUCCUGGACCCCCAGAGCUGUGGGGACCCGCUGCAGGCUGUGCAUCUGUUUGCCAAGGAGCUGGAUGCGAAGAGCGUCACGCUGGAUAGGAGCCUCGGAACAGGGCGGUUUGGAGAGGUGUGCUGUGGCCGCCUGCAGCUCCCCGGCCGCCAGGAGCUGCCCGUGGCUGUGCACACGCUGAGGGAUGGCUGCUCCGACUCGCAGAGGCUCAGCUUCCUGGCCGAGGCCCUCACCCUGGGCCAGUUUGACCAUAGCCACAUCGUGCGGCUGGAGGGUGUCGUCACCCGAGGAAGCACCCUGAUGAUUGUCACUGAGUACAUGAGCCACGGGGCCCUGGAUGGCUUCCUCAGGAGGCAUGAGGGGCAGCUGGCAGCCGGGCAGCUGAUGGGGUUGCUGCCUGGGUUGGCGUCAGCCAUGAAGUAUCUGUCAGAGAUGGGCUACGUCCACCGGGGCCUGGCAGCCCGCUGCGUGCUCAUCAGCAAUGGCCUCGUCUGCAAGAUCUCUGGCUUUGGGCGGGGGCCCCGGGACCGAGCAGAAGCUGUCUACACCACCAUGAGUGGCCGGAGCCCGGCGCUGUGGGCUGCCCCUGAGACGCUUCAGUUUGGCCACUUCAGCUCUGCCAGUGAUGUGUGGAGCUUUGGCGUCGUCAUGUGGGAGGUGAUGGCCUUUGGGGAGCGGCCCUACUGGGACAUGUCUGGCCAAGAUGUCAUCAAGGCUGUGGAGGAUGGCUUCCGGCUGCCACCCCCCAGGAACUGUCCCUCCCCACUACACCGACUGAUGCUUGACUGCUGGCAGAAGGACCCAGGUGAGCGGCCCAGGUUCUCCCAGAUCCACAGCAUCCUGAGUAAGAUGGUGCAGGAUCCAGAACCUCCGAAGUGUGCUACAACCACCUGUCCCAGGCCUCCUACCCCCCUGGCGGACCGUGCCUUCUCCACCUUCCCCUCUUUUGGCUCUGUGGGUGCGUGGCUGGAGGCCCUGGACCUGUGCCGCUAUAAGGACAGCUUCACUGCAGCUGGCUACGGAAGCCUGGAGGCCGUGACCAAGAUGACUGCCCAAUGGUACAAACUAAAUUGUCCACAGGGAUGAGGUCAGUAACAUCAAGACAGAAGUAAUCUCAUGGGGAUUGCUUUGAACUGAAGAGGACUCAGAGCCAAGGAAAGCUGCUACUCAGCUCCAGCUGACGGUUGGCCUGCAUUGCUAGAUCUUAUUUUUGGAGUCUAGCAAUCUUUGUGAAAUCUCCCAAUUUUUAAAUUGUUAGCAAUUAAUUUGAAAA